AUGAGGCAAAUACUUGAAAAGAUCAUGAAACCAUUCCGUAAGGAUUGGAGUGAAAGGCUUGAGGAAGCUCUUUGGGUUUACAAGACGGCCUACAAGACCCCUAUAGGCAUGUCUCUCUUUCAGUUACUCUAUGGCAAGGCUUGCCAUCAACCUAUGGAGAUCGAGCACAAAUCUUAUUGGGCAAUCAAGAUUCUGAGGAAGCAGUUUCAUGAAGAUGACAAGGUUCUAAAGUUUAAGGCCCGGUUGAAGCUUAUGCCAAGGAAGUUUGUCACCAAGUGGGAAGGUUCAUUUAGAGUUACUAAAGUAUACCCUUUUGGCACGGUAGAGCUUGUAGAUGAGGAGACCGGUAUAGCUUCACAAGUCAACGACCAUCUUCUAAAGCACUACCACGAGGAGCAAAGACCCCCUUGA